UUUCAUGAGCGGAGGUUUUGAUCCUAAAACAACGACUCCUUAGAAUUUACUAAUUGAAAUGCAUAUUUGAGGAGAAGGUCAGCGUCAUUUGCAAGAACGACCCACCAGUCCCGACUUCUAGAGCUGCAACAUCGGAUUUAAUAUCUUUAUUUCGUGACGGGAGAUAUCAAGUGAACGGAAGAAGUUGAAGUUUUAGCAUCGCAUUACAUCAAAAAUGGCCACUGUUAUACGACAACCUGGUUUACGUAGCCAAACUUCAGGAACUUCUGGUUCUGUUCAGUACCUUGGGGGCUAUGAUGGACCAUAUGCUGGAGAAGAAGACGUGUUUCUUCAAGAAAAGAAGGCAAGACCUAACGAGGUACCGAUUCCUAUGGGCUUGGAGGUUUUCCAAGGAGUCAGUAAGCUUGUGGCCCAUCAGGUUGUUGGAGAGGACGAAGGUAUAGUCGAAUAUGCUGAUUGUGCAAUUGUUUUGUCCUGUUAACUUUUCAAAAAGCACGAAACUGGUUAUAAGGAUUCUUAUUUAUAGCUUGCUAACAUAUUGAAUGUUUAUUGGAUCGUUCAAACUGUGUUUUGUAUCCACCAACUUGCGAGAACUCAGCAUGCUGUCGUAGCUAGUCUGCUGAUCGUAGCUACUAAGACCUACUAAAGGGAACGAGCGGUUAGAGCGUUUGAACAUGGCUUUCUCAGGUUCUUGGGUAAUUGCAUUGAAUAGGAACGCGGUUUAUGAACAGUAGUUAAAAGCGAUCGAAAUAUUUUCAGGUCCAGAUUAAGUCUUGAAAUUUCCGGGAAACAACUAUCGCGUGAAAGCAACGAUGAAAUUAAAAAUCUCAGAUUACGGACGCUAUCCACGACUAAGGACCGCCCAAGUAGAGAUUUCAUCCACGCGAAAACUUAACUAAAACAUGCUUCCUUUAAUUUGCAACAAAAAAUCACGCAUCAAUAAUAAUAAUUCAACAAGGAUCAAAUCGAGCCAUCAGUUGGACUUAGAACUCUGCCCCGUGCAAUUUUUUAGCAAACUGUCGCACGAUACCAUGCUUAUGGGGUUGGUUUUUAACGGGGUUUUUAAGUAGGAGUUAACUACCUCAAUUUGGUUAACCUUCAUGAUCACCGAAUCAUUUUUGGAUAUCGGUUUGUUCUGGCUGUCGACACUUUUUUCCUAACCCUCGAACAACAUUGUUGUUUUUUCCUUUAACCGCCACUUAAAUUGCCACUCAAUGUUAAUACAAUAUUCUGAAUAUUAGGUCGAAUUUUCUGUAAACGUAAAUUAGGUUUAUAUAUCAAAUUUGCCACGCUUAAUAUUCCGUCAGUUCGACCACCCAACAUUUUCUAUGUUGUUUAAAUUAAUCAAGGGUUCUGGAGGGUCAAAAUGCCCCCUUCUGCCAACUUUGGUCAUCAGCCGACAAUGCAAAUCAAAGAAGUGCUGCACAUGUUUAAACAUGAAACAAAAUUUUUCUUUGGAGAUGAAGUUUUAUAGACGUGACCAUACACCUUUGCCACGACCUAUCAGCUCUGAAUAUUUCUUUGGAUGUUGUCUAUAGGGAUUUAGGCUGGGCUUAUUUUUCAAAACAAGUUGAUAUCAAAACAAACUUUAUCUCUUCAAGAAACUAACUUCAGUUAGAACAUAAAUAUAGUAUAGCCUGGGGUGGGGAGCUUAAAUCUAAAAUUAAAGCUUUUCUUUCCUAAUACAUGUAGACAGGCCUGUAAUGGGGAGGGUUAAGGGUUUAGGGCCGGGGUUCAAGACCAUGAUUCUACAGUAUCUGUCAUGAGAAAUGAAGGGUUUUUUUAAAUUUCCCUCUGUUGUGCCUACAACUCAGAAAAAAAUAUAUCUUUUUGAAAAAUCUGUCAUGUUUGUGACAGAUUUAUGUUUGGAAUACAUAAUAAUUUUGAUGUAAAAUAAAGCCAUACUAUGUUUCUCCCUAGUCAAUGAAGGUGCACUGAAAUCUAUUUUUCAGGUCUCGCAAAUUCAAAAUUUUCCCAAGGAAAGGCCCCAGACAUUUCUGAUGGAAGAGGGACAAUACUUACCCCCAUUAAUCCAUUUUUCUCCCUUAUCUUUAAAUUUUCUGGGGGACCUUGCUAAUAGCAGAGAAAUCACCAAAAUCAAGAACUGUGAUUCAAGCACCCUUGCUCCUCACUGUAUAUUUGAAUGCUAUUUUGCACGUAAUAAAUAAAUUAUUAUUAUGACUGCAAUUGUCUUUUUUGACACUGCUUCUCACUACAAUACUAAGCAGACCCAACCUAAUGUGAGAGUCUAUAAGAAAGGUCAAAUUAUAGUGGAGCUCUGCAGUGGAGCACCAUGGGUAAGAAUAUUUGGUUAUCUAUGCAUCCAAGAAAUUGUGGUUCUGAGAAAAUCGUCCGUAUGUACGUCAACCGCUUCAUGUAAGCUGGGUUGAAAUUUUGCAUUUCAAGUACCUGUGCGUUUUGGCGGUAAAUCACAUAGCCACCCAGACUUUUAGAUAUUAAAAAAAAGCAACAACAACGCUGAUUCUUUCUUUCGACUUUAUAUUAAUUUUAAUUUCUACAUGAUGGGGAUAACAGAGCAAGAGCUAGAGAUAAAAAACAAAGGAGACCAAUUUUGUUAGAAGAUCGUAAUAACUUUGAAAAUUUUAUAUCGGCGGUGAGAAAAUGAGAAAUGCUAGCGGCCUCCAAGGGGAAAAUGAGUGGCAGUGAAAAUAAAAAGUGAACAGGAACACAUACAACAUUUCCUCCAUAAAACGUGUAACUAGGAAGUUUCUGGAAGUUUCACGUUGUAGUCGUGCAAAUUAAAACAACAGCAAAGAAAUGUACAAAAAAAGUGUGCUGGCAUGUCCAAAGUUGUUUUUUUUUUCGCUGAUUAGACCUACUGAUUUCUUUUUGCUGUGUUUGUUGCCAGCGCUACUUAGCAUUAGACAAUAUUAUAUUUUGUUCCAUUCAGCUAUAGAUAUUAACGAGAGCUUCGCUUUUAGCCCUGGCUAAAUCUAUAUGUUACAUACAUGUCAUGUAGUUCACCUAGAAUCAGCCCUAGUAGGAAAUUUUAUGAUGAAUUUUCACUGAGCUGUUAAUUGUUUCUUAUACAUUCUCUAGCCUGGUGGAGUAACAUGGAAUUUAUUGUUGAUGAUGGUGCAGGGAAUCAACUGUUUAAUGUGAAAGAAAGUAAGUUAAAACUUUGCAUUAUCUCAGCCAAUCAGUACAUGUAUUUAAUGUAGUGACUUGCUUAUAAUCUGACUGUAACUGUAAUGUAAAUUGCAAACUUUUACUGAACAGUUAAGUCUGAAAUUGGCAGAUCUUUAUCAACAGAAGGGCUGAUUACACUGUAUUAGAGGGAUCCACGUGCAGGGGCCAUGGAGCAAGGUGAAAAGUGGGAGGGCUGACAAUUGAAAUAAUAUUUUUCAUAUUGAAAAUCGAAAAAAGGAAUAAAAUCAUAGUAUUUGAUUUUCAAAAAGUGGGGGCGGGGGCGGGGGCGCAAAAAAGUGAUGGGGCCGCGGCCCUACCAGCCCCUCCCCCUCCGCGGUCCCUGACGUGUACAUGUAUUUUGAUUUUUCAUUUGAUUUAUUUCAUUGAGAAGAUAUUAUUCAAGGCUGUCAUUAAGAGGCAGGGGCUGGGAUUUCCCCCAGCUACUAAGAACGUUGCCCCUGGCAACUUUCGUGGGAAAGUAGAAGAAAAAUAAAGCCCAAAGAAAUCCCUGGCUUGUUGAUUCCCCGCCUACUUGUUGUAUUUACCCGGCAACUUAAUAUCAUAUUGACAGCCCUGUUACAGGAGCCUGCCUGUGCCUGUUCCAGGCUCUCAGAUAGUGGGGAAGACGUGAAAGUAAAAGGCACGUGAAAAGUUAGCAGGGCAAAAAAGAGGAAACGGAAGGGAGAGAGAGCCUGUAAUCAUUUCUUUUAUGACCCUCUAAUUCUGCCCACUUUCGGCACGUUUGAGAUAAUUAGAUUCCGCCUGUCAAACUGUUGAAAUGUCAAUGAGCUGGAAUCUUUCUCAAAUUUCUCGUGAGAUUAUUUCAUGCAGGGCUAAUCCCUUAUGUGAGCAUGAGCAAUUUGGAGUGUAAAAGGUGGGUCGGUAGGCAAAACACAACUUUUACCUCGUGCCAAAAUGCUGCUCGUUCCAAUUAAUAUUUUCUCUUACGGGUAAAUUAUGCUCUAGAGGGGUCUACAUUUUGACUGAGCAAACUAUGUUGUCACUUGUUUCAUGUUGAGAGGUCGUGACACGCAUAUUGAUUUUCUGCGGUAAUUGUUUCUGGUUGGCAUGAUUGAUGAUUUGCCCUCUGAUGCAAAAGCAUUUUCUUUGACCUCUUUUAAAACGUAAAGUUCUUCAUUUGCAGAUAAAGAAGAGUUUUAGGUUGUUUUAAUUUUCUGUAAAGUCCCUCCUUGACCUGAAUAACUGAAAGCGAUUUUCUUUUGUGCGUGAUUGUGAUGGCUUCCUUCAAUGAGUUUUGUCACGCUGGGCCCAGUUCGUUAGUGUUUUUGCAGGAUGUUAUUUAAAUUCUCACGGUCAGUGAUUCGCAGAUCCAAAUUUCAAAGAAUGGAUUGCAGCUUAAACUGAAGCUACUUUAAAAUAUGGAGAACUACGUUGUGAGUCAGUCAAGAUUGCUCUUUAAGCAAUGAUUUUUUUAACACGCAAGCUUGUUUUUGUAAAGAAAUCCUUAGAUAAUGGAGUCUGGACUGGAGCACGAAGAUGACUCCUUCUUGCAACUGUUCUGUUAUUGCCACUUUGUUAUCAGGCAAGACCGAAGCGCGUGGGCAGGAUUCCAAAAACAUUUUUUCCUCGCGCCAAGUUCACAAGGCAGGUCUUCUGUUCCUUCCUCAGCGCUCCUAUGUGAGGGAAAUCUCGUAAACAUUCAUUCAACACAGAAAUUAUCGUGUAUUUCUCUAUUUCACGCGCGUGGACUCCGCAUGACAUCUUUCUGAGUGACAGGAACAACCCGCUUUGAGAGUGUUGAUAUAAUCUGUCAAAUCUGACCAAUCAGAGGGUAUACCAUGAGCUGGUACACCGGAACGGGUUGUUUAAAGAAAUGAUUACAGGCCCCGCCGCCCCUUCUCUCCCCAGUUUCCUCCCGUUUUACUUUCGUCUUCACACUCUCUCAAUUCAGUGGGCCCAACUAUCUCGGAGCCCGGAACAGGCUAUGCAGGAGAUUGCAGGUUUCAGCAUGCAAAGAAAGUUAAGUGUCCGACAGCCCGGGGCUAGUGGAUUUUGUUAUCGGGCUAGUUAAUUCUGUUUUUAACCUGCCCGACGGGCAAGUGAUGUUUUUUUGAGGAAUUCGAAUAACAGAAGAACUGUGAAAUCAAUUCUGCUCGUCAAAAAGCUUUUGGGGCUAGCGGAAAUGACGUUUGGGCUAGUAACUGCUAGCUUCAGCUUGCUCGAAGGGCAAGCUGUAAAAAUGAUUUUCUUUGCACGCUGGGUUUGAUUCAAGGAUCUCAUGAGAAAGGACCACAUAAAAUGGCCGCCUGACUCCAUUUAAGGCGACUAAAAAAUACUUUCCUCAUUAGUACUUUCUUUUUAACUAUAUUGACACUCCAUUUUUUAAAUUUUUUUUUUCAUAAUUGCCUAAAAAAUAAUUACGAAACUUUGUCAAUUUCCGCAAUAAUUCCAAAAGGCAUAAUAAAGAUACAUGCAAAUGACUGUCUGUAAGUACAGUUGGAAUAUUGGAUGGCCUUUUUAUGGCUGCCAGUGUAGCAUUUUUUUUUCAGAUUCUAUAUAUAACCAGACAUAUCUCAUUGAUGAUCAAUGACAUCAAUAAGUAAUCAAUGGGUAAUCAAUGAGUAAUCAGCUGGUUAGUCAUUAAUUAUUGCUGAUGAUCAAUGAAUAAUCGAUGACUAAUCGAAGACAAACUAUUUUAUGGCCUAUUGAUUACUCAUCGUAGUCAUUGAUGUCAUUGGUUACUCAUUGAUUACCUAUUGAUUACCUAUUGAUUACUCAUCUAUUACGAAUAUCCCGCCAGCUUCUGCUAGUAAUAUGGAGAAACCCAUUUUUAUUGAAAUGAUGUUUACCCUUAACAUAUGAAGUUAUAACACAGGCAAGACUGACUCAUCUAAGAAGACUCUGAAUAAGCUAUCCCCUCUUGGACAUAUGCAAACAAAGUGGAGCUCUCAACAAUUUAUUAAUACAUUUCAUUUUUGGUUGUACAUGUUCAUUAAUUUUGUAAUGAUAACAAAUUAAACAGCUUAAUGAUAACAACAUUGCUAUAAAGAUGCUGAGCCUUAUGCGUAUCAAGAAGCUUAGGGUGAUAUUUCCUGCGGCAGCUGUUUACAGUGUAUUUACAAAGAUAAACUGUUGGAACUUUGGAAUAUAUACUGCCGUUGUAAGUAUGCAGCUGCAGUACAUGGCAGUGUUGCAACUGGCACUCUCACUUUCACGCAGCUAGGUCUACCAGAGGUAUUCAGGUGAGCGGCAUUAAAAAGAUGGACAAGUUGCGAUUUUUUGGCCUUUGAACUGAAGGCAAUUCCUUUAUCUUUUGAUAAUACCUUCACAAAGAAUUCUUCAAACUUAACCAGCUGAGUACAAGCGUAGUCUACGACAAGGUCUGGUUUAACAACAGGUGCCAGAAAGAAGAUUCAGCCACUUCGACUGCAGCGGUUACUAGCAAUGAUAAUGUUGUUGUUUGAACUAAUAAAAUCUGAAAAAGUCAUUCAUGUUACGUUCAACGUGUAUUCCUUUUUUCUUUUUUUCUCAUGGAAAUGUCAUUUGCAGCCACACAAUGAUAUUGAUAAGUAAUCAAUGCAAUUCAUGACUAAAAAUUUUGUGGCCUGUUGAUUACUCAUCGAUUACCCAUUGAUUACCCAUCAAUUACACAUUGAUGUCGUUGAUUUCAUUGAUGAGAUAUGCCUGGAUCGAUAUAAAUACUUUAGGGAAAACCAGUUACACUACCACAAAAUGGCUUUCCAUUAUGACAACUCUAACAGUAACUAAAUCACUUGCCAGUGUUGCAUGGCAAGUGGUACCAGUCCACCACAAAUUAUACCACUUUAAGGUAUAAGGUAGAUCUCGAUCAUUUUGAUAGGGGAGUCACCCUCCCCCCCCCUUCCCACCCCUCUGUGAGGGUUAGUCGGCAAAUGAGCUCCUCAGAACUUUAAUGUCCUGGUAAUUAAAAAAAGCACCAAUGACUGUCUUGCCCUUUGACCACAAUUUAUUAUCUUUUUUUCUUUCAUGUCAUCUUGCAGUCAAGACACUAAACAGUUUUGUUCAAGCCCUUCUUGGCCAGUGGCGAUCUUUUUACAUGAAAGUUAUCAACAGCUCUGCGGGUAAUUGGAUUAUGGAGCUUGAGCACCCAGCAAGCUGUAGCUGUCCUGUUUUCUGCCCCUGGGCUGGACCCGCUAUGACUGUCCGUAUGCCCACUGGUGAAGUCCUUGGACAUAUCAAACAUGCGUAAGUCAGUUAAUGAGAUUUGUUGUUAUAUUGAAUCUUGGGGGAAAAUCCCAAAUGGAAAAGUGCAGAUAAGUUUUGGUAUCAAAUACAGUUAAGUACUCCUGAUAACUCCAAGCUUCUAAGGAAAUCAGAAAAGGUCAAGUUAUCCGGAGUUCGAGUUAUCAGGUUUGUUGAAGUAAAUAACCGAAAAUAGGGGGUAAAGAAAUUGGGAAGGGGGACGAAUGCAAUUAUCAUGCACAAUUCACUUCAAAGGCAGCAGACUUUUAGCCAGGCAUUGAAAACUGGCCAUCCAGAAGGCAUGUUUUCCCAUAAAAUUAUAAGAGAUUAAGUGAAUUUUGCUUGUAUUUCUUCCCAAAAUGGGCAUCCAUAAGACUGCUGGACUCCUCUCUGGCUAAAACCUUGAACAUACAGUUGUGUUUUGAUACAGUAUUUUGAACCCAGCAAAAAUUAUGGAAUUAAGCUACAUAACAUUAAAAGCUUGAUUGAUAUACAGGGCUGGACACUGUAUUUGAACUUUACUGACAAAAAAGUAAAGGAAAAGAAUACACAGCUGUUUUAAAAUAAAUCCAGUGUUUCAGACUACAGAACUUUGUUGGUUUUUUUGUUUUUUUGACUUGUUACACGCUUUAAACACAGUUUGAGUUAUCAAGAGCAAAAUUAUACAGAAAUAUUGAUCAGAAGGGAAAAAAUUACUUUGAGUUACUGAGGGUAAAAUUACUGAACAGUAAAUGUAUGAGGGAAUUAUCCAGUAGAAAUCGAUUUUGGUUCAAGUUAACAUGAGGUUUGAGUAAACGAGAGAGUUCAGGUUGUUGGGAGUUGAAUAUAGAAUUUUAAGGGUGAAAUGCCAAUAUUUUCACUCAUGUGGGUAUCAAUUUUCAUUUGUCUCAUCCUUUAAGUAAUUAUAAACAGGAUCUGACAGGGUUAGGGUCCCGGGAUGACACAAACCUGUCCAAAAUUUAUACAAAUACUCCCCCUCCCUCCCACCACCCUUCUCCUCAGCUGGGUGCCUGUCAUACUGUGUCAACUGGUGGUUGCAACCUAUUACACAACAAAAAUAAGGCCAAUUUUUACCCAUCUUUCUUGCAAUAUUUACAUGAACAUCACUGAAGCUAUUAUUAUGGCGUCUUUUAAAGUUUUUUUUUUUAAUAUUAAAGCUUUGAACCAUACCCAGAUAGGUGUUGAGGUUUAAUUUUGAAUUUUGUGAUCCCUUACACUUUCACAUAGCUGUGCCUCCCCUCUCCCCGUUAGUAUGUAAAUGAUUAACAAAAUGAUUUUACAUUUAACAGUGGAAGAGAGACCUGUGGUAGUUGGCUUGGACCUUCAUACUACUUUGAAGUUUAUAACUACGAAGGAAAUCUGGUCUACAAGGUGGAAGGUCCCGCGGGGUACCCCUGGGAAUGCACAAGGGACAGUGUUGCUGUCUUUAAGGUAAAACAAUGAGUUUCUUGAUUUAUAUUUUUGGAGAUUUAUGGUGGGGUACCAUAUAAUAAUAUCUACAGCAGAAGAUCAACACUAAUGCAGUUCUUGCUGGGGGAGUAACAAGGACUUAAUAAAUUAAAAGCGUGUAAACUACAUGUAAGCUUAUGUUAUCCAUCUUGAUUUGAAUGUAGCCUGUGAACAGGCUCUCUGUUUGGGGAAAAAAGGCCUGUUCACAGGCUAUAAAUUUGAAUGCUAUGUUUAAAUCUAGUCACUUUCACGUUGUUAGCUAAGAUUGACAGAUCUAAUGCCAAGCCGUAGGGUACUAUUAUAUCCUAUAAGAAUAUGUUAUUUUAAAUAACUUAGGUUACUUACUGAGUCUGUUAUUGCUAUCGCGGGCGUCCAUUUUGAAUGUAAUUUACAGUUGGUGUGAGGCCUGGAGCCAAGAAUAUUGAGGAUCUUGGAGUCGGUUUGGGAGACUGGGACUGGGACAGGCGUUAUUUUUUCGCGUUUUUCAGGCGGGCGAAGGCAAGUGCAAAGCGAGGAAGGGGGCGCCAGACACGGGCAACCGGCUACUGGGGGAGGCGCAGAAAAAAUAACGCCUGUCCAUACACCAUUGUUUGCUCCAUUCCGCCCCCAACACACCCCUAAAUGACGCAACUAAUUAUAGCGGAAGGUCAAAAAGGUCAAAUAUCCAAUGAAACAAAACAGCCAUGUUUAUUUUCUUUAUCUCAAGGAAAUUCGAAGUACUACUCACUAGCCUGCGCAGACGUAAACAAACUCCGGCUGGACUUUAGCCUGUUCCAGGAUCCGAGAUAUUGGCGAAAAGUCGUUCAGCAAAAAGAAAUGCUCUCUCCCAUUUUUCUCGCCGCCACCGCCUUCUUUCCCAAGUCGCGCGCGUCUUGUUUUUGCUUUGCUCGUUUUAAUACAUCCGCAUUAUACUAUCUGAGAGCCUGGCACAGGCUAGCUGGACUUAAAGUUUAGAUUCGUCUGCGGCACAGGCUAACUGCUUACUACCGGUGAUUGUGGAAUAUCGGAUGUUUGGCGAGUGAGGACUCAACUCUUCAAGGAUUUAAGACAUUCAAGUCGGGCAGCGGUUUGGAGUCCUCCAGACCAGAAGAAUGUCUUGCAGAGGGUUACGCUAAGCUAUUGAUAAAACUAGGAGCCAAUAACUAACCUACAACAGUUUCCGCAACAACAGGAAACCCCUAGCCAUUUAGUUGUAAUUUUUUUAUUUAUGCAUGGCUCACAAAGACAAGAUAGGCUGUUAGCCUGCGAGCAAGCUCUCCUAUUUGGGCGAGUGAAGCGAGUCUCGCGAGAACGUGCGAGCGAGCUGCGAAGCCGCGAGGGGCAGAGGAUCGGAGCGUUCUCGCGAGGCUCGCCAAAAUAGGAGAGCUUUCUCGCAGGUUAGCUGUAAGUUGGUCAGCUGAGUUAGUGUUUUCUUUUUUGCCAGAUUUUAAAAGAAGGCAGCCAGUCUGAACCCGCCCAAGAAGUCGGUGAGAUAACACACACUUGGCGAGGUUGCUGCGGUGGUAUUUGCAGCUGCUGUAUAUCUGGUGAACCGGACUUCGUCACCAUUUCAUGUAAGUUUUCAGAGUUUUUGUUUGUAGCAGUACUUAUAAUUUUUUUAACUGCUCUGUGCAGCGCUUUGCGAAUAACACUCAUUGUCUUUUAAUGUUUUUGCUUGGUAUGUGGUCAAAAACAAAAACAAUACCUUAGGAAUAACGUAAUAUAGUAUUGAGGUUCUACUAUUCCAUAAAUCAGUUAUACCAUUACUGGGACCAGGAAUAUCGUUCGAUUUUUCUCAGACUAGAGGCUCUUGGGUUCGUUAAAUAGAUGCUUAUUAUUGUAAAAGUUCGUUUUGAAAGUCUAUGUUCCAAUAAACAUCAACUAAAUAAGGGCAUUAGUCAUGUCAAGACGUUUAGAAGCUGCUGAAUACGGCACUAGCUUAUACGAGGGCAUCGUUCUCUCGAGCAAAUACGGUCAACAAAAGCACUUCACCUUUCUUCAACACUGCUCCACUCUCCACUAUUUACCGCUAGAACGUUUCUUUGAUAAAGUUGGCGGGUGAUGUUUGGGGUUCUUCGAAGGUGUAGGACCUGCAUGAUAAGAAUCUGAAGAAUUUACGUCUAAUGAACUGAUGGAAACGUUCGAACGUGCGGGUUGUAAAAGCCGAAGAAUACUACGGUGGCAGAAGGACGUGAAUUUUGUUUUAAAAACAUAACGGGCCAGUUAAAUUUAAACGCAGUUUAACCAGUGUUUAACAAAAGCGCGUUCUAAGCCAUUUUCAGUUUGCCCGAACGCUUUAAUGUAAACACCGUUUAUCGUGAACAAGAGAGAAUGAUCUCUCUCUUGUCGUGAACAGUUUUAUGAAAGCAUAUGGUGUAGACUAGUAAAGCAUUUGUCUUCUUAAAACAACCCACUAAGAAAGAAAUGUGUAGAUCCAAAGAUUUCUUAAAUCAAGGUUUAAGUUAGCCGACCCCGAUGUUUUUAUUAUGUAUAUUAUACAGCUACUUUGAGAGAGGUUCUUGUAAAAACUGCACACGACAAUCCCAAAAGGUAUUGUGGGUGGUAUUCAGUUCAUUGUUCUUCAAAGUAAUUUGAAUAAAUGGCAUGGAAGGCCAUAGACGUAUCUUUGUGAGUGCUAAGUGCCUACCAUUUGACUUUUUAGGGGGGUUGGAGGGGGUAUGGGUGAUUUGGUUUGGGUAAUGAUUUUUCUUCCCCAAACCUGUGGUGAUAUAAUUUCUUUUUCUCCUACAUACAACGGUGUAAGAUUUUUUUCCAGGAUUUUAAGUCAUGAAAGAUAUUUUUUCCCCUGGUAUUUCCUUUCAAGAAUUUUUUUUCCUUCGAAAUCAUCCUUCAAGAGAUUUUUUUUCGAUGCUGAAAUCACCCAUAUUCAAAGUCAAAUGGUCGGCUCCGAAAGGAAAGCAACAAAAGUAGGUUCGACAGCCACAGUGUCAGGAACAGUGUUGAUCAUAUCCCAUAUUACCUUGCGAGAUUGUCGCGUGCACAUUUUUUCCAACAACCUUUCUCGAAAUAUCUGUAGACAUAAUUCAAAUUUGGGCGGGGGGUAGGCGGUGCAGUUGCAUAAGCGGAAGUAAAGCGUUUAACUGAGCUGAACGCCGAACUUGAGCGGUUACGUCUGACGUUAAAUCCUUUACAUCUGGCUUCAGAACGGAUUAAUAAGAUGUUUCACUUUCCAACGGUCAGAAAGAAAUUUGUGCAUUUUCUCUUAAAACACGGAAAACUGAAAACGGAUUCGGUAAUUGGACUUGUUAGCUGAUUUGAUUCUCGAGGUACGUUUUCCAUUAAACAAACUGAUCUCUGCUUGGAGUUUGCGUUCUGUUGGAAAAUUCACAAUUGGAAGCGGUAACUUUAAACGAAAGUAACCUAUGUGAACAAUUAAAGUACAAUAUACUCUAUAUCUUCAAUGGAAAGUACCCUAUAUGUUCAUAGAACGAUAUUUUUUCAGUUCCAGAGUCUCUUUCGGCGGAAGACAAGGCUCUUUUUCUUGGCCUGUUGUUCUCUGUGGUAAGUCUUCAUAUAUUUUUUCUUCAGUUUUGUUUGCUACAUACAGCAUCGCGAGGACAAAUAUUCCCCAAAAUAGUUUUAAUUUCAAACCUUCCCUAACGGUCACCUCUCUAGAACGGCCACUUUUUUUCGCGGAAAGUCCAUACAUUGACUCUUGUUUAAAGGAGCUCUGUCACGAAACUCUCGGCAAAUUAGGUAAUAACAAAAUGCCCGAUAAAUUAAGAGAAACUUAAAAAUAACCGCUUAAAAUAUUAAAGGAAGGUUAAAAUAACACAACAGAAACAACAGAUUCCACGGAUGGGCAAAACUGAAGAAGACUGAAAUGGAUUGAAAUUAGGGUUUUUGAAAACUGUUCAGCCUAACAGUUUUUCAAAGUUGAUCCCUGCUGCUUGCAACUUCAAAAAUAAUGCGCAGGAAACAUAUUCGUUUGUCUUGGAUCUCUCAUUUUGUCAUUUACAUGUAAUUUCUUUGCUUAUUUUAAUUUCCAUAGCGAUUGAGGGCUAGUAAUUGGCAAAAUUAAACAAAAUGAACUGGACUACCGUGACACAGCCCCUUUAACCCUCUCUUCAACUUUCUUCUGUCCCCAAUGUGGCCUUUGUGGAGAGGUUCAGCUGUACCUGAAUUAGAAAGCAUAAGGGCACACAUCCCUGCAACAUUUCAGUCCCUGUCACAGCAUGUCCCUAAAAUAUGUCCCUUCGUGCCUCCCAGCCUAAGGAACGGACCACUGGAAACGUUAAGGAAGGACGGGGGAAGGGGGUGCACGGGAAAGAACUUUUUUACUCCAUUUUAUUAAUUUAGGUUUUUAAUACUUUUUUUUUCUUUUCUGUUACUUUUAGAUGCAUGCCUACCUUGAAGUUCAGUAAAUAUAGAAGAAGUUAUCAUGUAUUACUAAACAUCAUAAAUGAAACUGUA